AUGUCAGAGCCCAACAGCCCGGGCGAGAGCCGGCGUGGCGCUCCCAGAUUUUUUGUGGGCUGCGAAGACGAUGAGAGCGAGGUCUUGGAGGAUAGCAUAAGAACAGACAUGGAACUGUAUGAGGACGAUGAAGACACAGACUCUCCCCCUGAGCAACAGAUUGUUGUGGGGAUAUGCUGCAUGAUGAAGAAGUCAAAGUCCAAGCCAAUGACCCAGAUCCUGGAGAGACUUUGCAGGUUUGAGUACAUCACCGUGGUCAUCUUUCCAGAGGACGUCAUCCUCAAUGAGUCAGUGGAAAACUGGCCACUGUGUGACUGCCUCAUCUCCUUCCACUCCAAAGGAUUUCCACUAGAUAAAGCAGUGAGCUAUGCCAAACUAAGAAACCCUCUGCUCAUCAAUGACCUGAACAUGCAGUACUACAUACAGGACAGGAGAGAAGUAUAUCGCAUCCUGCAAGAAGAAGGGAUAGAUCUGCCACGCUAUGCUGUGCUGAAUCGUGAUCCAGAUAAACCGGAUGAGUGUAAUCUGGUGGAAGGAGAAGACCAUGUGGAAGUUAAUGGAGAAAUAUUCCAGAAGCCUUUCGUUGAGAAGCCUGUCUGUGCUGAGGACCACAAUGUCUAUAUCUACUACCCCACUUCUGCUGGUGGUGGCAGCCAACGUCUCUUCAGAAAGAUUGGGAGCAGAAGCAGUGUGUACUCACCAGAGAGCAAUGUGAGGAAGACUGGCUCUUACAUCUAUGAAGAGUUUAUGCCAACAGAUGGCACAGAUGUGAAGGUAUAUACUGUGGGGCCUGACUAUGCUCAUGCCGAAGCUAGAAAGUCUCCUGCUCUGGACGGGAAGGUAGAGCGAGACAGUGAGGGCAAGGAGGUCCGUUACCCUGUUAUGUUGUCAGCUAUGGAGAAACUGGUUGCCCGGAAAGUCUGUUUAGCAUUCAAGCAAACUGUUUGUGGGUUCGACCUGCUUCGAGCCAAUGGGCACUCCUAUGUGUGUGAUGUCAACGGUUUUAGUUUUGUGAAGAACUCUAUGAAAUACUACGAUGACUGCGCUAAGAUCCUAGGGAAUAUUGUGAUGCGUGAGCUAGCGCCUCAGUUUCAGAUUCCAUGGUCUAUCCCUACUGAAGCAGAGGACAUUCCAAUUGUUCCGACUACUUCAGGGACCAUGAUGGAAUUGCGCUGUGUGAUCGCUGUCAUCCGACAUGGAGACAGAACACCAAAGCAGAAGAUGAAGAUGGAAGUUCGCAAUCCCAUGUUUUUUGACCUAUUUGAAAAAUAUGGAGGCUACAAAACUGGGAAAUUAAAACUGAAGAAGCCAAAGCAACUGCAGGAGGUGCUAGACAUCACACGGCAGUUGUUAGCAGAACUGGGUCAACACAAUGACUGUGAGAUAGAAGAGAAGAAAUCCAAACUUGAGCAGCUGAAAACUGUUCUUGAAAUGUAUGGACACUUCUCUGGGAUCAACAGGAAAGUGCAGCUGACCUACUUGCCCUAUGGGCAGCCCAAAACCUCGAGUGAAGAAGAAGACACACGAAAAGAAGGUCCAUCUCUACUGCUAGUGCUGAAGUGGGGAGGAGAGCUUACACCUGCUGGGAGGGUGCAGGCUGAGGAACUUGGAAGGGCCUUCCGCUGCAUGUACCCUGGAGGACAAGGAGAUUAUGCUGGCUUUCCUGGUUGUGGGUUGUUGCGGUUGCAUAGCACCUACAGACAUGACCUGAAGAUAUAUGCAUCUGAUGAAGGCAGAGUGCAGAUGACUGCUGCAGCUUUUGCAAAGGGUUUGCUGGCCCUGGAAGGUGAGCUGACUCCCAUUCUGGUGCAGAUGGUGAAAAGUGCUAACAUGAACGGGCUGCUGGAUAGCGACAGUGACUCACUGAGUGGCUGUCAGCAUCGAGUCAAAGCCAGACUUCAUGAGAUUCUGCAGAAGGACAGGGACUUUAUAGAUGAAGACUAUGACCGGCUGGCCCCAACAAGUAGUGCAUCAUUGGUGAAUUCUAUGAAAAUAGUCAAGAACCCAGUGGGCACAUGUGACCAAGUUUAUGCUCUCAUUCAGAGCCUAACUGCGCAGAUCCGCAAAAGAAUGGAGGAUCCCAAGUCAGCUGACCUGCAACUUUACCACAGUGAAACACUGGAGCUGAUGUUACAGCGCUGGUCCAAACUUGAGAGAGAUUUCCGCAUGAAAAACGGCCGCUACGACAUCAGUAAAAUACCUGACAUUUACGACUGUGUAAAAUAUGAUGUCAUUCAUAAUGCUACUCUGGGUUUGGAGGACACACUGGAGUUGUUCAGACUUUCUCGUGCUUUGGCCGACAUUGUGAUCCCGCAGGAAUAUGGCAUAAAUAAAGCUGAAAAGCUGGACAUUGCAUAUGCCUACUGCCUUCCACUGGUCAGAAAGAUCCAACUUGACCUUCAGAGGACUCAUGAGGAUGAGUCUGUCAACAAGCUGCACCCUCUAUACUCACGCGGAGUGAUGUCGCCAGGACGACAUGUGAGGACACGUCUAUAUUUCACCAGUGAAAGUCACGUCCACUCUCUGCUGAGUAUUUUCCGCUAUGGUGGUUUACUUGAUGAAGAGAAAGAUCAACAGUGGAAUCGUGCCAUGGAUUACCUUAGUGCUGUUUCUGAACUCAACUACAUGACUCAGAUUGUCAUUAUGUUAUAUGAGGACAACAAUAAGGAUCUCUCAUCUGAGGAACGCUUCCAUGUGGAGCUUCACUUUAGCCCAGGAGUAAAAGGUGUUGAGGAAGAAGAGAAUGCACCCACUGGCUUUGGCUUCAGGCCAGCGUCUGCAGAGGUAGCACGACAGAAUGGGCAAAAACAGACAGACCCAGGAAGCCUGGAGGACCUCUCACGUGAUGAGACAGACAGAGCUGUACAGCUUUCUGAGCCCAUCACCAUACAGAGAAGAUCACCACUUAUACGUAACCAUAAAACUGGAUCUAUGGAGGUUCUGUCAGAGACUUCAUCCUCGAAAGUGGGGAGUUAUCGCCUCUUCUCGUUUUGCUCUCGUCAGUCGCCUGACAUUAAACAAAGUGGGUUAGGCUCUCAGUAUGCCGGGCUGUUCAGCACCACUGUCCUAGGUGGGUCCUCUAGUGCCCCUAACCUGCAGGACUACGCACGCGCACACCGCAAAAAAUUCUCCACCAGCAGUCUGUCCUACAAAGACGAAUUGUUGUCUAUGCCAGCAGUAAAGCGAUUUUCUGUGUCGUUUGCAAAGCAUCCGACUAAUGAGCCAUUGGAGGAGCACCAUGUGGCCCAGUUGUUGAGUCGUUUCUCCACAGAACUCAGUCUGAGCUCCCACCUCUCUCUGGACGGUGCACUCACCCACCAUCUCCACCAGUGCUCCUACCACCUCCGCCUCUUCCGAAACUGGCUUAUCUCUGGCCAGGACCCCAUAGAGUACCUUUAUGGCUUUGAAGGAUGCUCCAUGGUACCAUCCAUCUAUCCUCUGGAAACACUACACAACUCAUUGUCACUCAAACAGGUCAAUGAGUUCCUCACAAGUGUGUGUGAGAGUGCCGGAGAUCCUCAUACAAGGACGACUAGAGCUUUGUCAGCCAUGUUUGGUGCACACAACCAUCCAUCAGGGGACGGUUCAUAUAUCCCCCACAGAGUCCUCUCCUCCUCCAUGUCUCUCAGGUCUCGUUCGGACAAACCUCCAUGGUACAGCAGUGGUCCAUCCAGUACCGUAUCCAGCGCUGGGCCAUCGUCUCCCACGACAGCUGACACCUCCCCACGUUUCAGUUUCAGCGAUAAGAUCUCCCUUACUCCUCAGAGUAGUGAGGAAACCCAUUUGUCUCAAAACCUCCCUUCCCAGCCAGCACCUCCACUGGCUUCGCAAGUAUUUGACCCAAAUUUCUCAGCCGUUUCAAACCCCUACGAAGCACCAGAGACGCCAAAUAACUCACCAGAGGAGGCUAGUGAGCAAUGCAAUAUUACCGAUGACCAAUUUGAUUCUCCCGAACACACACAGGAAGGCCAAGAGGUGACUUGUUCAACUGUGGACCUUUCCAGUUGUGAAGUUGUAGACGCUGGUUUGAGGCCACCCUGCUCCCCACUAGCUGAGCUCUCUCUAGGUCGGAUGGAAGGCUUCUGUCUCCCGAGCUCGCUGCCUGUGCUGCUGGAGCUCCGAGAGAGCAGCAGCGAGGCAGGUUCCAGCUCCCAGACGCCCAUGUCUCCUGAAGGACACGACGAGUUUUUCGACACUCAGGAGUCGGUGGACUUGUGGAUGGACAGCCCUGAGAGCCUUCCGGAAUCGGAGACACCUCUUGAGCUCAAAGCCGAUCCCCCAGCAGAACCGUGAUGCCACAAAGAUGAACAAGAAACUACCACAUACAUAAAAUUCAAUUAUUACGCAUGUACCACUGGGUACUGAGCAGAAUAGCUCUCUGCUCUCUUCUGAGACUCAGUGUUACAUUACCCAUAAAGACAUGCUGACGUGAGCAUAAUCUAUCAAACUACUGUUCCAGUCCACUAGACUUUCAACUCCCAAGUUAAACUCAUUGGUUGCUUACCUGAUUUACCUGUCUUAAUGAUAAGACACCUUGUUAUGGCCAGAGAGAGUCAUCCUGCAGGUAACCUGAUAGAAAUACUUUUACCAACACCACCUACCUAUGGACAGAUAUCACAAUGUUCUACUAUGCUUUUCAGUCAGUCACUAAUGUUGAAAUGGUGGUUGAAGGUAGUGUAUUGUACAGGGUAAGCUCUGACAGUACAACCUCUGAAAAGAGGUCAAGCUUUAACAGUGGUACCUUGAUUUACGUAUGCACCAACUUAGUGUUCCAAGUUACGAUUUUUGCUUCGUGUCAGGAGCCAAAAUUAGAUGUGCUUUUUGAGCAAGCUACACAAAUGCCACUGCUAGAUGACAGCAGCGGACCUCACCACAUCCAACCAGCAUCCCAUGUCUCACUUAUGAGCUCAGUCACAUAAAUGAAAUUCCUAAGUCAGGGUACCACUAUUUGAUUUUCAAUACAUUUAUCACUCUACAAUUUAUCCCCAAAGGUGUCAUAAAGAUGGCUAAGAAUAAGUCGACUCUGUUACUGUUCAUGUUGCAUAUCAGGUCACUAUCUAACAAAACUGUUGUUGGCGCUUAACUCCAAACUCCCACCUUACCUGACAAUGUUGUCGCUUGUCCAGAGCUCCUUCAACAAAGUUUGUGCAAGUGGAGAUGUGUGUACAGUACUGCUAACUGCCAAAGUCCUUAAUACCUUUCAAUAUUUCCUGUUAGAAAAGAUUUAUUUUGACAAAGCAUAUUGGUGAGAACGUGCAGUUUGUUGUAAAUCCUCUUAUUAGGGUAACUCAUCAAAACUAAUACUCAUAUAACUACUGUAAUGAGUACUCCCAUUUUACUGUGAAGGUGCUUCUAUUGUGGCAAGCAGUUAUGUAGCACGCAUGUAUGAGAAGGGCUGCACACGCGCUAGGAAGCUCUUCAGGUAGACAAGGAAGCUGAUGUGUCACUUUUAUUUGGGAUGCUAUGCUGCGAAAUGGCAUUGAGUUGAAACUGUACAAUCAUCUUGUCUUUGUGCACUGGGAAAAUAAUGGCACCAUUGAUUGUGUUUGUGUGCUGCUUUUUGCUUUAGUGCAGUAGGUUGCUUUUUUACCUUUAUUAAUAUUGUUGAAAUCGUUCUGUGUAUACAUUCUGCCACCUCCCAUGUAUAUGGAUAAAGACAUAAAUGAUUAAAAAUUACAUUUAAAAAAGUAUGUACAGGAGAGAAAAUCCUUUCAUUGUUUUAAGUGAUCUGAUCUCGUAAUAAACACCAAUAAACUGGUUCUUUAAAGUAAA